UGUCACUCUGCAAGUGGGCAGAGCGAGCCCAGCCGCUCGUGCUCUGUGGCUGAAUCUCUUCCUCUCAGUCUGCUCCACACAUCGACGUCUCCUCUCAGACCCUGGAUCUCAAAGUCUCCUUCCUCUGAAUCACCACCGUGGGGCCGCCGACAGGACGCUGCUGUGAGCUGCUCCGUGACUCAGCGGCUGCACAAGAGGUGUGACUCCAUUGUUUGUUCAGGAAGCAGAGGGAUGAAGAUGCAUCAAGUUGGGCUCGUUCUUCUGGCAUGCUACUGAGCGAUGAAGAUGGGUCAGAGAAGGAAAUCCCGCUGGUGAGCUGUACACCAACCCUCAAACACCGCCGCUGCCAGCUCCACUGACUGAUCCAGCCAUGCCCCGCCUACCCUCCUGAUUCUCCGCACCUUCCCUCGGUCAAACCAGAGUCACAGCGUCCCGGCAGCUCCUCGUGAAGUCAGCAUGGCGACGCCCUUCCUGUGGAAGCUGUCCUCCCAGAAGCUGGGCUUCUUCCUGGUCAGCUUCGGGUUCAUCUGGGGCAUGAUGCUGCUUCACUUCACCAUCCAGCAGCGAGCCAGCCACGAGAAUAGCGCCGUGCUGAGGCAGCAGAUCCUGGACCUCAGCAAGCGCUACAUCAAGGCGCUGGCUGAGGAGAACCAGAGCGUCAUGGAUGGGCCCUAUGUGGGUACUAUGACAGCAUAUGACUUGAAGAAGACUCUCGCAGUGCUGCUGGACAACAUCAUGCUGAGGCUGGGCAAGCUCGAGUCCAAGGUGGAGAACAUUUACAACGGCACGGGGGGCAACUUGACCAACGGCACCAGCACGGCCACACCGAGCGCAACAAACCCGGAAAAGGUUAAUGUGGCAGACCUCCUAAACGGAGCCCAGGAGAAGUGCGAGCUGCCGCCUAUGGAUGGUUUUCCUCACUGCGAGGGCAAAGUCAAGUGGAUGAAGGAGAUGUGGCGCUCAGAUUCCUGCUAUGGCAACUAUGGUGUGGAUGGAUCUACCUGCUCUUACUUCAUCUACCUCAGCGAGGUGGAGAACUGGUGUCCUCGCCUUCCCUGGAGGACAAAGACCUUGACCCAUGAAAUAGACCGCAGGGGACAGGCGGAGGUCCGGACCAGCUUUGACGAGCUCUACCGCGUCAUGUCGCAGCGCGAGGAGUUCCGCUGGAUGAUGCUACGUAUCAAGCGGAUGGCUGAGCCGUGGGUCAGCGCCAUCCGCUCGCUGGCUGCCAAGCAGGACCUGGCCAGGCGCCGCAGGAAGAAGGUCCUGGUGCAUUUGGGCCUCCUGACAAAGGAGUCGGGCUUCAAAAUUGCAGAAAACGCCUUCAGUGGUGGCCCGCUGGGAGAGCUCGUCCAAUGGAGCGACCUCAUAACGACGCUGUACCUGCUGGGCCAUGAUGUUCGCAUCUCAGCCUCUCUGGCCGAGCUAAAAGAGAUCAUGCGCAAGGUCAUGGGGAACAAGUCAAGCUGCCCGACCCAGGGCGAUAAAAUCGUCGAGCUCAUCUACAUCGACAUUGUGGGCCUCACCCAGUUUAAGAAGACACUAGGACCUGCUUGGGUCCACUACCAGUGCAUGUUGCGGGUGCUGGAUUCGUUUGGGACGGAGCCAGAGUUCAACCAUGCCCACUAUGCCCAGUCCAAGGGUCACAAGACACCCUGGGGGAAGUGGAACCUCAACCCGCAGCAGUUCAACACCAUGUUCCCUCACACCCCAGACAACAGUUUCCUGGGCUUUGUAGUGGAGCAGCACCUCAACGCCAGCGAUAUCCGGCACAUCGAUGACAUCAAGAGGCAGAACCAGUCGCUAGUCUACGGGAAGGUUGACAACUUCUGGAAGGAUAAAAAGAAGUACCUGGAUAUCAUCCACAGCUACAUGGAGGUCCACGGCACUGUACACGGCACGAGCACCGUGCACCUUCCCAGCUACGUCAAGAACCACGGCAUCCUGAGCGGACGAGACCUGCAGUUCCUCCUCCGAGAAACCAAGUUGUUCGUUGGUCUGUCCUUUCCCUACGAGGGUCCAGCACCCCUGGAGGCCAUCGCCAACGGCUGCGCUUUCCUCAACCCCAAGUUCACCCCGCCGAAGAGCAGCAAGAACACUGACUUCUUCAAAGGGAAGCCCACGCUGAGAGAGCUGACCUCUCAACACCCGUACGCUGAGGUGUACAUCGGUGAACCCCACGUGUGGACGGUGGAUAUCGAGAAUCCUGCAGAGGUGGAGAGGGCCAUCCGCUCCAUCCUCAGCCAGAAGAUCGAGCCCUACCUGCCCUAUGAGUUCACCUGUGAGGGGAUGCUGCAGAGAGUCAACGCCUUCAUUGAGAACCAGGACUUCUGCCACGGUCAGGUGAUGUGGCCUCCGCUCAGCACGCUGCAGGUGAAGCUGGCCGACCCCGGGCGCACCUGUAAGCAGGUGUGUCAGGAGGAGCAGCUCAUCUGUGAGCCGUCCUUCUUCCAGCACCUCAACAAGGACAAGGACCUGGCGAGGUUUGGCAUAGACUGCCAGACAGUCGAGUCCAGCUCCGACACGGUGGUCCCUGCCUACAGCCAGACCCGCCGACACUGCAUCUUCCAGUCCGACCUCCUGCUCUUCAGCUGCGCGGGCGCCCACCCGUCGCUGCAGCGCGUCUGCCCCUGCCGCGACUACAUGAAGGGCCAGGUGGCGCUGUGCAAAGACUGCCUAUAGCAGCAACACACAGGCUGACAGGAAGGGGAGGGGGGUGGAGGGGACCCCACUUUACAGAGGAACCGGGCGGCGUGCGGAGAAGCAGCGUGGAUGAAGUCUAACGGAGCAGCUUCGUGAGUGUGUCGAGGGACACGUGCACACACUCCAGGGCAUCAAACACACCAGAGAGAAGCGCGUUCAUGACUGCAAACUGUCAUUAUAUUUAUUGUUUUCGUGAAGCGGUCCUGCAGCCAAACUUGAGCAUCUGUCACCCCUCUGAGUCACCAGCAGGGGGCGCUGCCAGUCCUGGAAGCAGAGGGACAUUACUUGAAUCAACAAAGGGAGUCGCCUUAGACGAUAAAACUGCAGCUAAUCAGCUCUCUGCUGCCCCCCCCCCCCCCUGGAGACUGCACACAUCAGAGACUGCCUGCCUGUGUGUGUGUGUGAGUGUGUUAAAGUCACUGGGGCAGCACUUCCUGUCAGCCUCCAAGCCCCGGCCCCUCCUCUCCUCCUCCUUCUCUUUACACCUGUUUAUUCUUAAGGUAGGUUUACACUGGACUGGCAUGCCUGAGGGCACAAAUCCCUGCAGACACGACCAUAUCUACACACACACACACACACACUCACACACACACACACACACAAACAUGGGGGUGCUGCCCCCUCUGGCUUAAGAAGAACCCAGUUUUACACUGUACCCAACUCGCUCCUCCCGUCUUGGACAGAAGCGAUGACAUGUAACGUUAGGAGUCUCAGUUUUUACUCCAGAAGUCAGAUCACUUCACAACGCAUCCUCCCCUGAAGUGAAGUGGUCUUCAACCCCCCCCCCCUUUAAAGGCAGACUAAUGCAGCUGUGGAUCCGCCACAGACACGGUCAGUCUUUUGAGUUCAACACUUUGAUUUAAAGCUAUGAAGAAUCCUACGUUUGUGUUUGAAAAAAAGAAAAGAAAAGGCCAGUGAGAACCCUAUAAAUAUUUUCUUUGACGCCAAAACCGGAUCAGGGAGGAGUUUUUCCUCCGUCACGUGUAAAGUACGUGGUGAUGUGUGUCGUCGUAGAUCAGUAACAGUCGUCUAGAGCAGCGUUAACACCCAGAAGCAGCACGGCCUUAACGGCGGCGGCGAGGUUUAAGAAACGCGUCCACGCUCGUCCACGCUCGUUCACCUUUCACUCACACAGCAGCUGUCGUUUAUUCCAAGUAACUGUAAACAACAACAUGCCAACAAAGUGUUCCCGCAACACAGAAACCUCCUCGUAUGAUUUCAGAAGACAAAUUAAGUUAGUAGUCCUUGUGGUGGAUGGGGGAAAAUGCACUACUUUAAUCUAUUUGCAGAUUUAACAUUAUAUUAGUAACACUGUAUAUUGUUCAUAUGGGUUUAAAAGUUCUUCUUUUUUAUUUAUUUUGUAUACAAAUCUUUAUCUCUGUGUUUUUGCUGGAAAUCUUUUUUCUGUUUUUUAUUUAUAGGAAAGGUGUCUUUCUUUUUUUGUUUUUGUUUUUAUAGAUUUUUAUUUAUGGAUAGUAAUUUAAAAUAAUAAAAAAGCUUAUCUGUAAGUGUAUGAUUAAGAGAGGGGCGUUGUUCGCUGGCGUUCGGCGAGGAGAGAAAAUCCAAUUUUCGAAUAUUCAUUAAAAAAUUUUUUUUAACUGAUUUAUCCUAAUUAUUCAAAAGAGAAUGAAAUUGCAGGAAGUAACAAGGAGUACUGGUGAGUUGUGUAAUCUCAUGGUGCAGAUGUACAGCUGUGCUCAUAAGUUUACAUACCCUGGCAGAAUUUAUGAUUUCUUGGGUAGUUCCUGUUGUCUUGAUGAUAUAAAAAGAGUAAACACAGUUGUUUGACAAAAAAUUUGCUUUCCCCAACCACUAACAAUGAGUGAAAAAAAUGUUUUUCUCUUAUCAUUCAUAUUAUUUGAAAAAAAGGCCAAAAAACCCACAAAUUCUGCCAGGGUAUGUAAACUUAUUAGCACAAGUGUAUCUUUAAGGCUCAAAUAUGACUCUUAAAUACAGCAAUAUAAAUUUUUUUGAGCAAUGUUAAAUCAUACAAAAUGUCAAAUUAGUAUUUUUGUUUUUAACAUUUAUGUUAUAGCAUAUAUAGGGAUUGUCCAAAGUGAUUAUUUUGUAGUUUUCUAAACAGGAAGUGAAAAUCUGACUAAUACAAUAGUCUAAAAGUAAGAAAACAUUCAUAACAGUCAAAAUGUAGUUAAUUUGUUUUAUGCAGUUAAACACAGCAUCUCAGAUUCUGUUGGUAAACAAUGUUAAAUUGGUUUGCAGAGCUUGCACCACAAUUCUUUAAUAUAAGAUAUGACACUAGGCCUCUUUUUAAAACUGACAUUUCAUAACAAAGGCAACAAGUUGUGACUGAAGUCUGUGGUUAAUUUCCUCCUCUGAUUGAAAUUCAAGCAGCAGCGAACACACCCCUCAUAUUGUUGUGAAAGCCAGCAGGAGCCUCGUACACUUUGUGCUUUGAUUUCUUUUCUGUUUGCACAAAUUCAGCCUGACCGGCGCCGUUUAGCUACAUUACUCUGUCACUGUGUCAGCUCAGACUGUUUGUUUUGUUUUCCUUUUUUUUAUUGCUUUUUAUUAACAGGUCAGUGAUCUGUCGCCAAGUUAUUGUUUCUAACAACAUGAUGUGCCUUUUUCAUGCUUCAGUUUCCUUCCACUCCUGUUUGAGUAUCGGUGGGCUGCUGUGCACCCGGGUCAGAUCAAUCUGUUAGAGCACCACACUUUGGGGUAGUUAACUGUGGAUUAGAUCUAAAAGAAUACUGACAGUAGAUGUUGGUGUCAAGCUUUUUAAAAAAGUGUGAUUAUAGUCUAAAUUACCAGGAUAUGAAAUGUUUGUCAGUAGCCCCUCGAUGGUUUACGUUUCACAGCUCAUAACGUCCAGCAGUGAUUCAAUUCUAAAGACUUUUACAGGUAUGUGUUUUGCACUCCUCAGAUUAAUGCAGUCUUUUAUGUUCUUUCAGUUUCAAGGUUUUAUUGCCUUAAACUGAUCACAUGCAGCAUUUUAUGUUUUGCUGCGUUUUCUUCUUAGGCUCAAUCUGUGACGCAGUCAGAAGAAAAGUCUGAUUUAAAGAGCUGUCAUGAAGGGAGGAGGUUCAUGAUGAGUUAUAGUUGUGUUCAUGUCAACAAAUUCUAAACACCGUCCUUGAUGCUAAUGUAACUCUCAGCCCAACAUUCGGUCGUUUCAUUAAAGCUCUUAUUUCAGCUGGUCUUCCUCUUGCAGGAGGGACUAACACUUUAAAAAGUGGCCAUCUUGUAAAAAAAUUACCACAGAAGCAGCAAAUUAAAGCAAUUUGUUUCCUUUUUUAUGAGAUUUGUCAACUUAAGAUUUACAGAAUCAUCACACUUGAUAUUUUUUUAAAUCUUGGGACUAGUGGAGCUUAUAAUGGAACCAUGAUUUGAUGGAAAACGUUGGCUUCAAUGUUAAAAUCUGAGCAGCUAUGAUGUUCUUUUGUUUCAGCAAACGCCUUAUUUACUUUGUCAGGUUUCUUCAAAGCAUGCUGUCCAUCACAUUAUCAACUGUUCCUUUUUUUCCUUGAAAUCUUGAACGCCGACACUUCAGAAAAAAGUUGUUACUUUCAUCACCAUAUCUGUCUUUGUUAACCUCAGCAUCGAAUGUCUGCACUGUAAAAGAAACAAAAACACACAAACCUGCUUUUUAAAGCCGUACAAACAUGUAUCAAUCUUUGUUUUGCAAUCUGUGUUCUGAGCUGGUGAUGAUUGUGGUGCGAGCAGCGGAGGAUGAAUAACACAAUGACAACUUUUUGUUUGUUUGUUUUCACAGUCCUUGACGAGUAAGAGGGAUAUAACUUUAUUUUUAAAUAAACCCUUUUUUCUGUG